UUGAACGGGCUGAACUCUUUAGAUUAGAAACAGUUUCCGGAUUAUCAUGUUUUAAACUUCUUUAUCACUCUGUAUAACUUUCUAUGAAUGAUAUUUGACAUGUAAAUGAUGAGUUAAAGGUGAGAGUAUUAUCGGUCACUUCCACCCGUUCCCCACCCCCACCCCUCGGCGGGGUGAGCAGAGCCCGCCCCCCCUGCUCUCUCCCCGGCAGCCUCCUCCUCUCCUCUCCGGUCUGUCAUCCACUCCGCUGUUGUUGCAGCCAUUUUACCGUGGAGCGUCGGCAACAGCGGCGACCGGAGGAUGCCGAACCAGCCGCGUUGAAAGGACAUGAAACAUGGCUGACACGGUGGGAGGUCCCGUGGUUGGCCGGCCACUUGCUUUCGCCAAUGAGGAACGGCGGGCAGUUCACUCCUGGAACCGGAUCUCAUCAGCGGGGCAGAAUGUCCUCCUGGAUGCUCUGAAGAUCCUCAGCCCGAUGACCCGAGACCUCUCGAGCAGCGAGGAGUUGGUCACCUUCCUGCAGGAGCUGAGAGACGAGGGCCACACGCCCAUGGUGCUGCGCAGCAAGGAUGUGUACCAGUACCGCUCCUGCACCAACCAACCCUUGACCCUAGACAAGCUGAAGCCACCCAGCAGGAACGUCAGACCCAACGCCAAGAGGAGAGCAAGAAAGCCCCUGACCAAGAAGAGGGACGUGCAUCCAUCCUGGAACAUUUCUGGGAGGAACAAACCCAGAAUUCACGGUGUCCGUCCUCCAGAGCUGCUGGUGGACCAUAGAGCCAUGAUCUGCAGCAGGACGCCGAGUUGGACUUUAGAGGCAUCACAGGCCCUUGAGGUGCAGCCAUGCCUCAGACUGACCAAUAUUGAAGGCUCGUCUGGCUUCCAUACUGCCAGACUUCAGAUUCACACUUCCUGGAACUCAUCCUCUGAGCUGCACUCUGUUGCCUUUUCGCAGCAGCAGCACCCUCCAACACUUUCAGGAAUACCUUUGCAGCCUUCACAGAACGGUGGUGGGGCACCCACCAAAGCUGUGGCCUUGUUCAGCCAGAAGAGCCUGUCCUGUCCCAUCCGAUUGGACGGGGCACUCAUUGGUGAUUCUGCACCGGUCUUAUACGCCAAUGGUAGGGCAUUCCCAGAGACUCACACAGAGCUGACCAGUAAUGGUUGGAGGAGUAACGGCCUCCAUCGGGAUGGCCGCAGCUCUAAGACACUGAACAGUCCAACCCGGCAGAGGAACGGCUGGAAGGACAAGAAAAGUUUUAGAUGGAAAGUCAUCAAAGUUGAUGACUCUCGCUCUGUUGCUGACGCCCGCAGAAAAGCGCAGAAGAUUCUACAGGUUGACUUGUCUCCGGUGAUCCAAAUCCAACCUCUUCAGCAUGUGCUGAGAAACUUCAGAUACCAGAAUAAAUGAUGAUUCCCCUGACACUCUCUCACAUCAUUUCCUCGAGCAGGUGUUAGUGUUUUACAUCCAUCGGCCUCAACCUGGCUGAGCGGCAGUGUUCAUGACAGUCUUUCAUCAUGUUUUUUUUGUGAUCUCUGCUGAGUGUUGGGGGUAGAGACGUUAGAGUCUGUCUGGAAGUUCUGGUUUCUGAUGGGGGCACUCGGGUUUAGAAGGCAUUCAAAGUGAGGUGAUGCGUUUCCCAGCAGGCUGGGAGAUGACUGGUGCAUUUUCACUUCCUAAGUUAGUUUCAACCAACCAUCAUGCUGCUUUGAGUUGUCGUGCUGCUUGCCAGUGUUGCCGAUGAAUUCCUGGAUGCAGCAUCUACUGUGACUGUUAAACCAAUAUCAUUUUUCUGCCCUUUCGCCGGGCACUGGGAAAGGCUAACGGCUGUUAAAGAGUAUUUAUAACCCAUUUGCAUUACAGCACCAUUAUGUUUUUGUACUUCAUACGUGUAGCGCUUUAAACAGUGCUGUUACUCUGGUAUCUUUUUUUCCUCCGGGAACAAGUCGGACAAAUAAAGGUAAAAACCAAGAUGAACUGGUAGGCGAACAGCUCUCACAGACUUCAGGCGAACAGACAUGGUGGUUGGUUGGUUGCAGUGAAACGACUACACUAAACAAAAAGAGUGAAAGAGAAGGUGUUCAGUUUGUCUUCCUGUUCUUUUUAUUUCUGUGUUUUCAGUGAUAAUCUGGAGGCUCUAGCAGUGAGUUCAGCAGGGAAUCUGACCCAUGACACAUUCAGAGAGACAUCAAUAUUUUUCAGAUCUGUUUGAAUGACAGCUCUUCACUAAGUGUUCCUUUUGGUUCGGUUCAUCCACACAUGGAGACUAUCAAAAGUAUUUUUGACUGCUGGGAAGUUUUCAUGUCUUACUGUGACAAACCAUGAAUAAAAGAAAACAAGCGUAGAAAACCGAGACUACGGAAGACAGCUCGGGCCUUGUUGAAGGUAAAUGUGGGAAAGAUUAUGAAUUCUGAGAAAUAAGUAUCCUGACUAUUUAUACCCAGUCCUUGUCUUUAUUUAAACUGAUCAAACAUUUGAGUUAUAGGCUCAUUGUUUGAGUUACAACUCUUCCCCUGAAGUUCUUCCUUCUCUUCUAUAAAGUGGCCCUGGUUAUUCGUUAAAGAAGAUGAAAAGAUGAAUGUGCACUGGCGCUAGGAAAUGAUCAGCUGCUGGUUUAGUGCUGCUCAAGAUUUACUUUCGUCCAAUACAUUUCUGUUACUCGCAGACUGAGCGCUGUCAGAUGGAGUCCGGAUUUAUGACUUUUGUUUGGCUAACUUUGAAAUUUGUUGACCUCAGCUGCAGACCGUUAAGUUAAAUUUGAAACUGCACCAUUUGAAAGUUUAAUUUCCAUCACUCAUCUGCGCUCUAUUCUUUUGAUCUGGUGGCUAAAGAAACCUUUGAGUUCUUUGAUUUAGUUGAUCGUUUUGGCCCACCUGUAAACUUAAAAAAAAGCACUUUGAGAUUGUGACUGUGCUUCACCGUAGCUUCCUACGACAGAGAGUCGUGAUUAUUCUUACUUCCUGCAGCACAUCAAAGGAAUUUGAAAUUAAGUAUAAUUUGGUUUGACUUUCCUUGAACCCACAGGUGCUAACUUUGCAACAAGGAUGCUAAAUCAAUUAACUGGCAAAGGAAUGUAGACGUGGCGCUCUUUUUCUCGUUCAGAUUAGAGAGUUUUCAGAGGUACUGAUAGCAUUGCUGCCCCCUGCAGGUUUGGAGGAGUGUGUCAAACCGCCUUGAGUGCUUUCCAAAGGUUUCUACUGUGAAGAACCAUGUGAAUCCAUUUUCAUUCAAUCAUCUGUGGAAAAACUCCAGUGUGUUCCCCUUAAAGUUUAAUUUGGGAUGUUUGGGCGAAACCAUAUCAGACUAAGCAAAGGGCGAUGUGAGUGCUUUAGUUUCUGUCAGAUCAUGGAGGCAGUUCUUGAAAAUCUAGUCCUUAUUUCUAGCCUCAUUUGAGGUUCUACUGAUCUUCAGUCCAAAUAUUUUAUAUCUCUGGGAGAUGCCAAUAAGAGGACCUUUGUUUACAUUUCACUACUUCAAAUAAACCUUAAUUCCAGUAAAAGAUAAAGUUUGUUUUAAAUCCAUAAAAACAAACAAAUUGAAUUUGAAAGAUGGAUUUUCAAGCUUCUGUUCCAUGUUUGACCGUUUUGGAUUAUGUUUCAGGCAACUUGAUAACCAGAAUAACACAGAAUUGAAAUUCAAAUCUCUGCUUUCUGAUCCAAGGUCCACAAGCUAUGAAUUUUCUGUUCCCUGUUUACACUGAGACCACAUCAGUGUUUGGUUGUCUGCUUUGCAGGUUUCCAUGUCUCUGUUCUUUUGAAGAUUAAGAUCUUGAAGAGCCCUCCCUCCCGUCUGAUCCGUCUAUAUGCAGUCAUGUCCAUGCCCAUCGACAACUCCCCUUUUCUAGGUCUUCUUUUUGUUAGUUUUGUUUGUGCAACACUUGUAUAUUAUUGUAUUUCCUACAUGAUCUUUGAAAACUUUUUUGUUCAAUAAAACUGAUACGAAAAGAAA